UAAUUAAAAAGAACUGUAACUUAAGGGCUGCACCAACUUAUGGUGCUUGUGUUUUGGUGAUGAGUUCCCAGAAAGGCAACGUGACUCAGUCCCGGCCUCAGAAGCACCAGAAUACAUUCACCUUCAAAAAUGACAAGUUUGAUAAGAGUGUUCAGACCAAGAAAAUUAAUGCAAAACUUCAUGAUGGAGUAUGUCAGCGUUGCAAAGAAGUUCUUGAAUGGCGUGUAAAAUACAGCAAAUACAAACCACUGUCAAAGCCUAAGAAAUGUGUUAAAUGUUUACAGAAGACAGUAAAGGACUCUUACCACAUAAUGUGUAGACCAUGUGCCUGCAAACUUGAAGUUUGUGCAAAAUGUGGAAAGGAAGAAGAAAUUGUUAUUCCGUUUAAUAAAGAACCAGAACCUUCAGAAAAUACUGAAAGUGAAGGUUCCAACCAUAGAAGAAGCUGCAAACGGAAGGAAGACAGUGAUGAGGACUUAGAUGCUGAGUCUGACUCAGAGGGCGAGGACGAGGACACUCAGGCCUGACCGCAGCUCAGGUGCAGAGGGCGUCGGCAAAGGCUGUUCCAGUAGGCAGAACUGGCUCAGGAGCAACGUCAGUCACUUACAACAUUUGAGUAUCAGGUUUUCACAGUAACACAAGCUGCAUAUGCAGAAUAUGUGUGGGCACACCAUGGCAUGUCGUAUAAAACCUAUAGAAAUUGUUUAGAAAAACAUAUUACCUAAUGUGUUAAGAAUUGGUGGUUGUAUCAGAACUCUCUCAUGGAAAACUAAGAUGACUAGCUCAGAGGACACUUCUGGAGCCUGACCUCGGUGUAUGACUUCUUUAGCAAAAGUCCCCUUAAAUCUUACCAAGCAAACCGUUACACACACACACACACACACACACACACACACACACACACACACACACACAUAAUCUUAUGUAAUGAUUUUCCUUCAAAAAUGUUUUUAUAUACUUCAUCCCAUUUUUUUUAACCUUUUCCAGGUUUGGAAAUAUAUUUUUAGAAAAAUGCAUAGACUGUAUAGUUACUAUCUAGAAAGGAACAUCCAGCAUUCAUACUGGAGUGGAGACACUCGCAGUCUCAGAAGCCCCUGUGAAGUUCUUCCCCAUCCGCUUAUCCUUCCCAGACUCCAUCAUCCUGAGUUGUCACUUUACUGUCAGGCUUUCACUGUAAUCAGUGUCAGUUAGCUUCAUGUGAUUGUUGAAGUCUGAGCCCGUGUGUGUAAAACCCCAAAGCUACAGGAAGUGGCUCUCUUUAACUAGAUUCUGAAUUUUAAUGUUUUACUGUGUUUUCUUUGUGCCUUAAGUUCUACUAAUGUAUGUAUGAUUCAUAUGUACAUGUAUGUGGGUGUAUAUAUUUGCUGAACCAUUGAAAUAAAUGGGAAGCCGUGAAAAAAAAUAAUUAAAAAGAAAA